GGACUUUCUCUCCACUUAUACACUACUCGCGGCUCAAAAUGAGAUACAUUUGAAUGGAUAAUAUAAAUAAUUGAUUGCUAAUAUAAAUACCGACAUAAAUGUAAUAAUAAAACUGUGCUUGCUCACAAUCAAUAUAUGCUUUAUGUGGUCGGAAUUGUGUGCUUAUUAUCAUUACUCGUCAUAUCAUUGUUAAUAAAGGGAUUGGGAGGCGCUGUGAGUGCUCUGAUAAUGUACGCGCAAACAUUCAACCGGACUGUCCAGGACCUGGACAACCGGGUCAUACUAAAUGUGGGCGGAAUCCGGUUCGAGACCUACAAGAACACGCUGCGCAAGAUUCCGGCCACACGACUGUCCCGACUCACCGAAUCCCUCGCCAACUACGACCCGGUGCUCAACGAGUACUUCUUCGACCGACACCCGGGUGUGUUCGCACAGAUACUCAACUACUAUCGCACCGGAAAACUUCAUUAUCCGACUAACGUGUGCGGACCGCUCUUCGAGGAGGAACUGGAGUUUUGGGGACUCGACGCCAAUCAAGUCGAGCCGUGUUGUUGGAUGACAUACACGUGCCAUAGAGACACACAACAGACGCUGGCGAUAUUGGAUACGUUGGACAUCGACUCAGACAAACUGACCGGAGAAGAGUUGGCCCGAAAGUUCGGUCACGAAGAGGACUAUCUGUCGGGACGGAUGUCCUGUUGGCAGAAGAUUAAGCCUAAAAUAUGGUUGUUAUUCGAUGAGCCCUACUCUUCCAAUGCCGCAAAGAUUUACUAA